AUGGUAGAGACAGAAAGUGUAGAUGAUGUUAUAAAACGAACUUACUUCAACAUAUCUGGAGAUGGUGGUGCAUAUAUUGGACCUAGAAAACUUCACGAAACCUUAAAGCGAAAAGGAGGGAUCGUACCGAGUGUCUACAAAAUAAGGAAGUGGAUGCAAUCAAAUGACACAUACAAUCUUUUGAAACCUGUGAGGAGGAGAUAUAAACGUUCAAAGGUUGUGGUUUCAGAACCGUAUGAGAUGUUUGAUAUUGAUCUUGCUGAUUUGAGUGCAUUGUCAUCUGAAAAUAAUUCUUUUAAAUUUUUGUUGAUUGUUAUUGACAUAUUCACUCGAAAGUUGUGGGUAGAGAUGCUCAAGGAUAAAAAAGGAAAAGAAAUAGUUGCUGCUAUGAAACGAAUAUUUCAACGAGGAACCAUUCCAAAGAAGAUCAGAUCAGAUUCGGGAGCUGAGUUCAAAAACAGAUGGUUUUCUGCUUUGAUGAAACAAAACAACAUAUAUCAUCAUAUAACUUUGAAUACCACCGUCAAAGCCAACUAUGCAGAACGUGUUAUCUUAACUUUGAAACGUAUGAUGUAUCGUUAUUUCUCACAGGCAAGAAACCAUCGAUAUGUUGAUAACCUACAAGAUCUCGUUAAUAGCUACAACUCCACACCACAUCGAUCAUUGAAUUAUACAGCACCAAACGAAGUGAAUGAUGAAAAUAAAGCAGAUUUGUGGGCCUACAUGUAUCUGAAACCUACAAAAAACAAACCAAUCGAAACUCCAAAAAAGCGAACACCUAACCGUUUCAGUCUAAAACUGCAUGAUAUGGUGAGAAUUAGCCAUUUGAAAAAAGUAUUUCAGAGAUCGUACGAUCAGCAGUGGAGUUCUGAAAUUUUUAAGACAUACCACCGUUUUUUAAAACAAGGCAUCCAGUAUUAUAAACUAAAAGAUUUUCUCGAUUUUAAGAUUUUGGGUAACUUCCAAAUUGCAGAACUCCAGAAAGUAUACAAGAGCGCAGACGCUUUGUGGUACGUUGAAAAAAAAUUGAAGAAAAGACGACGCAAAAAUAAAAUCGAGUGGCUCUGUCGGUUUGAAGGAUGGCCACCAAAGUUUGAUCAGUGGAUAGCAGAAGAAGAUAUAGUGGAGUAA